AUGAUCACGGACAUGGUCAUGCAUUCUCGUCGCAGCAUAUUUCACGACACGACGGACCUGCACAUCCUGUCCAUGUGCAUGGACACGGGCAUGGAGAGGGACAUGGACAUGGUCACGGCCACGGCCACGACCACAUUGACUACUAUGCUCAUCCUAAAUAUGAGUUCGACUACAAAGUGGAAGAUCAUCAUACCGGAGAUAAGAAGUCCCAACAUGAGUUCCGUGAUGGGGAUGUUGUCAAAGGUGUCUACAGUCUGCAUGAGCCCGAUGGCUCCAUUAGAGUUGUGGAGUACCACGCGGAUAAGCAUAGCGGUUUCCACGCUGACG